AGUGUAGCCCCAUCAGUGCCACCUGUCAGUGCCCAUCAAUGCCACCUGUCAGUGCCCAUCAAUGCCACCUAUCAGUGCUUCCAAUCAGUGCUCCCUAUCAGUGUCAGUCCGUGUCGCCUAUCAGUGCUGCCUAACAGUUCCAAUCAAUGCUGCCUAACAAUUUCAAUCACUGCCGCCUAUCAGUGCUAUAUAUGAGUGAUACCUUUCAGUGCCCAUCAGUGAUGCCUGUCAAUGUCCACAAGUGAUGCCUGUCAAUGCCCAUCAGUGCCACCUAUCAGUGCCUCCUCAUCAGUG